CCAAAAAAAAUGUGUCUUUAAAAGAAAAACCCAAACCCAAACCCAAACCCUUUGGCUCUUCUUUCUUCUGCUUUCUCUUCCAACCAAAACCGCCGCAGCAACCACCGUCACUCUCUACUUCCCAACACCACCAUCUUCUUCUUCCUCUCUCUACUUUCUCUCUCCUCACUCUCCUUUCUCUCUCCUCAACAAUGAGUAGCUGGAAAACCUUAAUCCUCCGAAUCGGCGAAAAAUGCCCAGAAUACGGCGGAACCCUAGAUUUCAAAGAACACAUCGAUUCUUGUUACGGCAUUCUCUGGCGUGAAUUAGACCAACAAGAAGACCAACAAAUUCUGUAUUACCUUCUUCAAUGCGCCGAACAAUUACCCCACAAAUCCCCCUUUUACGCUACUUUAAUCGGGUUGUUAAACCUAGAGAAGGAAGAACUCGGCAAAUUGGUUGUUGAUACUACACGUUCCAACUUACAAGAAGCAAUUCAAUCUGAGAAUUGUGAUAGGAUUCGUGUUUUGCUGCGAUUUAUCACUGUUUUGAUGUGUAGUAAGGUUCUUCAGCCGGGUGCUUUGGUGGUUGUGUUUGAGACGCUGCUUUCAUCGGCCGCUACGAUUGUCGAUGAGGAGAAAGGAAACCCGGCUUGGCAAGCGCGUGCCGAUUUCUAUAUUAGCUGUAUAUUGUCUUGUCUUCCGUGGGGAGGGGCUGAGUUGAUGGAGCAAGUUCCGGAGGAGAUUGAUCGUGUUUUGGUUGGGAUUCAAGCUUAUUUGAGUAUUAGGAGACAUGUUACGGAUGCCGGGUUUUCGAUUUUUGUGGAUAAUAGCAAAGAUCAGAGAGCAAAUGAUAAGGAUUUUUUGGAAGAUUUAUGGAGUCGAAUCCAAGAUGCAUCCAACAAUGGGUGGAAACUUGAAAGUAUUCCACGGCCCUACCUCUCUUUUGAAGCGCAGCUUGUAGCUGGAAAGUCUCAUGAUUUCGGUCCCAUUAAUUGCCCUGAGCAGCCAAGAUUGCCGGCUGCUGCUUCCAGUGUCAGCUAUGGUAGACAGAAGCAUGAUGCUGAUCUAAAAUACCCGCAAAGAAUUCGCAAGCUGAAUAUAUUCCCUCAAAAUAAACUGGAGGAUUUGGCACCUAUAGAUCAGUUCAUUAUGGAAGAGUAUCUGUUAGACAUUUUACUGUUCUUGAAUGGUUGUCGGAAGGAAUGUGCUGCUUAUAUGGCUGGCCUUCCUGUACCCUUUCGUUAUGAGUACCUCAUGGCAGAGACUGUCUUCUCACAGCUCCUUUUACUUCCUCAACCACGAUUUAAACCAAUAUAUUAUGCUCUGGUUAUCAUGGAUCUUUGUAAGGCUCUGCCUGGAGCAUUCCCUGCAGUUGUAGCUGGUGCAGUACGUGCUCUUUUUGAUAAGAUUGCUGAACUGGAUAUGGAAUGCCGAACACGACUCAUUCUUUGGUUUUCACAUCAUCUAUCUAAUUUUCAAUUCAUUUGGCCUUGGGAAGAAUGGGCCUAUGUCUUGGAGCUUCCAAAGUGGGCUCCCCAACGUGUAUUCGUUCAGGAGGUUCUGGAAAGAGAAGUUCGAUUGUCUUACUUGGAGAAAAUAAAGCAAAGUAUUGAAAAUGCCCCUGGCCUAGAAGAGUUGCUUCCUCCAAAGGGUGGUCCAAACUUCAGAUUCAAUGCUGAAAAUGGCAGAAACAAACCUGAGUGGCUUGCAUUAUCUGAAGACCUCAAUGGCAUGGUUAGAGGUAGGCAAACUGCAAGGGAAAUCAUAUCAUGGAUAGAUGAAAAUGUGGUUCCUGUACAUGGAUUGGAAGUCACUCUUCAAGUAGUAAUUCAAACUUUAUUGAAUAUUGGAUCAAAGAGUUUUACUCACUUAAUGACUGUCUUGGAGCGUUAUGGCCAAGUCAUUGCUAAGGUAUGCCCAGAUGAGGACAGGCAAGUAAUGCUAAUUAGUGAAGUGAGUACCUUCUGGAAGAAUAGCACUCAGAUGAAUGCCAUAGCCAUCGAUCGUAUGAUGGGUUAUCGUCUGAUUUCCAAUUUAGCUAUUGUGAGAUGGGUCUUCUCUCCUGAGAAUGUGGAUCAGUUCCAUACAUCAGAUCGGCACUGGGAGAUUCUCAGAAAUGCUGUAAGUAAAACCUACAAUCGUAUUUGUGACCUAAGAAAACAGAUCUUCUCACUGAAGAAGCGUCUUCAAUCAGCAGAAGAAGCUACUGCAAAUGCUAAAGCAGAAGUAGAGGCAGCUGAGUCAAAACUCACACUUAUGAAUGGGGAACCUGUUGUUGGUGACAAUCCUAUCAAGUUGAAACGCCUAAUAAAUUCUUCUGAGAAGGCAAAAGAAGAAGAGGUGUCUUUACGUGAAUCCUUGGAAGCAAAAGAAGCUCUGCUCUUUCGUGCCCUUGGUGAAAAUGAGGCCUUGUUCCUCUCCUUGUAUAAGAACUUCUCUGUUGUCUUGCUUGAUCGCCUUCCUGAGGACUCUCCAAUCGGAGCAUCUCGCCUGCUCUCUAGUCAGACUGACUUGAUGACUCUGGAUUCUGAUGAGCCUGCAGGAAUGGAUGUAGACCAAGAGAAAGGAUUAAACAGUGUGUCUAAUGGGGAUAAAGGAAGUGCUGCUUACAAUCUAAGUGAAACAGACCAAUGGGGUUUAUCAACACUGGGAUAUGUCAAGGCAAUCACCAGACAAUAUGCUUCUGAGAUCUGGCCACACGUUGAGAAGAUAGACGAAGAGAUUCUGAGAGGAAAUGUGCACCCUCUUUUCAGGAAAGCAGUUUAUUGUGGUCUAGGCCGAAUAACUGAUGAACAAUGAUUGUGGUAUUUACGUAUCAGGAAAACAGUUUAUUAGGGUCUAGAUAGGUUAACUGAUGAGCAUUGUUCACAAUUCGCAAGUUAUGUAUGGAAAGCAUUUUAGUUGUAAAUUAGGAAUAUUUAAAGUUUUUACCUCAUAAUUGUUGUCUUGAUUUUGUUCCAGAAUUAUGUGAUUGUAUCUUGUUUGAUCUUACUGUAGUUUUAAAAUUUAUUCUUGCU